GAAGCAUGUGCUCAGUGUCUUACUGAAGAGCAGAGCUCACUUCAACGUGGCUGCUCUUCCCAGGAUUGAACACUCAGGAGCCUGGUCUGAAAUCUCCAGUCUUAUUUCAGGUUUUAUUUUUAUGAAAGCCAGCCUGUACUCUUUUAAACCAGGGGCCUGAAGGCUGGCUUCUGAAAAUACACCCCACAGGCCACUCUGCCGUGGCUUGUUUAGGCAUUCCAGGGAGGGCUUGCUGACCUGCAGGUGUCCUCUGGCCCAGGUCAAAAGACCAGAGAAGACACUGGCGCCAGGACCCGCCACUGGCAAGGUAGCUGCCAUCCGAGCAAGCGGCCCAGGCCAAGGAUGGAUCCCAUUCACCUGGUGCCAUGUUUGCCUCAGGCAAAGUGGUCCCCAGGGCCAAGAGACCAAGGCUGGAUGUUGUGUCAGGUGCUCAAGGAGUCUCAGAAGUAUACAAGACGGAAGAGUCUGCUGAAGGUGAGGGCCAUGGACUUCAUCACCUCCACAGCCGUCCUGCCCCUGCUGUUCGGCUGCCUGGGCGUCUUCGGCCUCUUCCGGCUGCUGCAGUGGGUGCGCGGGAAGGCCUAUGUGCGGAACGCUGUGGUGGUGAUCACAGGCGCCACCUCAGGGCUGGGCAGAGAAUGUGCAAAGGUCUUCUAUGCUGCGGGUGCUAAGCUGGUGCUCUGUGGCCGGAAUGGUGAGGCCCUGGAAGAGCUCAUAAGAGAACUCACUGCUUCUCAUGCCACGAAGGUGCAGACACACAAGCCUUACAUGGUGACCUUCGACCUCAUGGACCCUGGGGCCAUAGUUGCAGCAGCAGCCGAGAUCCUGCAGUGCUUUGGCUGUGUGGACAUACUUGUCAAUAAUGCUGGGAUCAGCUACCGUGGUACCAUCAUGGACACCACAGUGGAUGUGGACAAGAGGGUCAUGGAGACAAACUACUUUGGCCCAGUUGCUCUAACGAAAGCGCUCCUGCCGUCCAUGAUCAAGAGGAGGCAAGGCCACAUUGUCGCCAUCAGCAGCAUCCAGGGCAAGAUCAGCAUUCCUUUUCGAUCAGCAUACGCAGCCUCCAAGCAUGCAACCCAGGCCUUCUUUGACUGUCUGCGUGCUGAGAUGGAACAGUAUGAAAUUGAGGUGACCGUCAUCAGCCCUGGCUACAUCCACACCAACCUCUCCGUAAAUGCCAUCACCGCGGAUGGAUCCAGGUAUGGAGUUACGGACAAGACCACAGCCCAGGGCCGAAGCCCUGUGGAAGUUGCCCAGGACGUUCUCGCUGCUGUGGGGAAGAAGAAGAAAGAUGUGAUCCUGGCUGAUGUGCUGCCUUCCUUGGCCAUUUAUCUUCGAACUCUGGCUCCUGGGCUCUUCUUCAGCCUCAUGGCCUCCAGGGCCAGAAAAGAGCGGAAAUCCAAGAACAUCUAGUGCUCCGACCAGCCAGAGCCAGGGCAGAGAAGCCACAUUCCUAGGCUCAGUUCCUCUACAAGGGACAGUUGCAUUUGUUAAGACUUUAAUGGAGAUUUGUCUCACAAGUGGAAAGGAUUGAAGAAACACGUCUUGUGCAGAUCUGCUGGCAGAGGAGGAGAACCAAAAAAGGCAACAAGCUUCUUCCCAGGGUGAGGGGAAACACUUAAGGAGUAAAUACGGAGCUGUGGUUUAACAUUAAAAAUAAUAAAUAUCUCAAACAGUAA